GCUCAUGUGGUUCAGCGCUGGCUUGAGCAUCAGGACAGUAGUUUGAGUGGAGAGGGUUCGUCGGAGGCUCAAGGUGGAAAAUGGCACUUUGGUGGAAGAGCAGAUACGUCAACCAGUUUCCUCCGUGCUGCCCGCUCAGGUAAUCUGGAAAAGGCUCUGGACCAUAUCAAAAACGGAAUAAACAUCAACACAGCCAAUCAGAAUGGGCUUAACGGGUUGCACUUGGCUUCCAAAGAAGGCCAUGUUAAGAUGGUUCUGGAGCUGCUGCACAAUGGAAUUGACUUGGAGACUACUACAAAGAAAGGGAAUACCGCCCUUCAUAUUGCUGCUCUGGCCGGUCAAGAGAAAGUGGUUGCUGAACUGAUCAAUUAUGGUGCCAACGUCAAUGCCCAGUCUCAGAAAGGUUUCAGUCCCCUGUACAUGGCAGCACAGGAGAACCACUUGGAAGUGGUGAAAUAUCUACUUGAACAUGGAGCCAAUCAGAGCCUUCCAACUGAGGAUGGCUUUACUCCGUUGGCGGUAGCUCUUCAGCAGGGUCAUGAGAACGUGGUGGCUCUCCUGAUAAACUAUGGCACCAAAGGCAAAGUGCGGCUGCCGGCCCUGCACAUCGCGGCCCGCAACGACGACACGCGCACUGCUGCCGUACUGCUGCAGAACGACCCAAACCCAGACGUCCUCAGCAAAACUGGCUUUACUCCUCUCCACAUCGCAGCCCAUUAUGAGAAUCUCAGCGUUGCACAGCUUUUGUUAAACAGAGGAGCCAAUGUGAACUUCACACCGAAGAAUGGCAUUACGCCAUUACAUAUCGCUUCCAGAAGGGGAAAUGUGAUUAUGGUGCGACUUCUGUUGGACAGAGGAGCUCAGAUAGAUGCCAAGACAAAGGAUGAGCUGACGCCGCUGCAUUGUGCAGCCAGGAAUGGUCAUGUACGUGUGGUGGAGAUCCUGCUAGACCAGGGUGCUCCCAUUCAGGCAAAGACCAAGAAUGGCUUGUCUCCCAUCCACAUGGCAGCGCAGGGUGAUCACAUGGACUGUGUGAGGCAGCUGCUGCAGUACAAUGCAGAGAUUGAUGACAUCACCCUGGACCACCUGACCCCGCUGCAUGUUGCAGCCCACUGUGGGCACCACCGCAUGGCAAAGGUGCUGUUGGACAAGGGGGCAAAAGCUAAUGCCCGUGCUCUGAAUGGAUUCACUCCAUUGCACAUUGCCUGCAAGAAGAACCACAUGCGGUCCAUGGACCUUCUGCUGAAGCACUCCGCUUCUCUGGAGGCUGUGACUGAGUCGGGCCUGACCCCUCUUCAUGUGGCUGCGUUCAUGGGGCAUCUCAAUAUAGUGAAGAGUCUGCUUCAGAGAGGAGCUUCACCCAACGCAUCUAAUGUGAAAGUGGAGACCCCUUUACACAUGGCCGCCAGAGCGGGACACUGUGAGGUGGCUCAGUUCCUGCUACAAAACAAUGCGCAGGUGGAUGCCAAAGCGAAGGAUGAUCAAACCCCUUUGCAUUGUGCGGCUCGAAUGGGACAUAAGGAGUUGGUGAAGCUGCUCUUGGAACAUAAGGCCAAUCCAGAUUCGGCCACCACGUCAGGUCACACUCCUUUGCACAUCGCCGCCCGCGAGGGACACGCCCAAACCACACGCAUCCUGCUCGACGGGAAUGCCCAACAAACCAAAAUGACCAAGAAAGGAUUUACUCCUCUACAUGUAGCAUGUAAAUACGGGAAAGUGGAUGUGGCGGAGCUGCUUUUGGAAAGAGGGGCCAAUCCCAAUGCAGCCGGAAAGAAUGGCUUGACCCCUUUGCACGUGGCCGUCCAUCACAACAACCUUGAUGUAGUCAAGCUGCUGGUCAGCAAGGGCGGCUCUCCGCACAGCACGGCAAGAAACGGCUACACAGCCUUGCACAUCGCAGCCAAGCAGAACCAACUAGAGGUGGCAAGCAGUCUGCUGCAGUAUGGCGCUAAUGCCAACUCAGAAUCACUACAGGGCAUCACACCGCUUCACCUGGCGUCACAGGAGGGGCAACCUGAUAUGGUGGCACUUCUCAUCUCCAAACAGGCCAAUGUUAACCUGGGCAACAAGAAUGGGCUGACACCUCUGCACCUGGUUGCUCAGGAAGGGCAUGUGGGCAUUGCAGACAUGCUGGUGAAGCAGGGUGCUUCAGUCUAUGCAGCCUCAAGGAUGGGCUACACACCCUUACAUGUGUCAUGUCAUUAUGGCAACAUAAAGAUGGUCAAGUUCUUACUCCAGCAGCAAGCACAUGUUAACAGCAAGACAAGAUUGGGAUACACUCCUUUACAUCAAGCAGCCCAGCAAGGUCAUACAGACAUUGUCACCCUGCUGCUAAAACAUGGAGCCCUGCCCAAUGAAAUCACCACUAAUGGGACAUCACCUCUAGGUAUCGCUAAGCGGCUUGGCUACAUCUCUGUCAUUGAUGUGCUGAAACUGGUGACUGAGGAAUCUGUGUCUAUGAUCACCACCGAGAAGCAUCGCAUGAGUUUCCCGGAGACGGUGGAUGAAAUACUGGACGUGUCGGAAGAUGAAGGAGUUGCUCAGCUUACAUUAGGUGAUGAACUUCUCGGGAUGGAUGGGGCUCGCUAUUUGAAGCUGGAUGACCUGAAAGACCAGGAUGAUGAUUUUCUUUCCCCCAAGAAAACCCUGAGAGACUUUGAGAGCGGGAUGGGCAUGACACCUUACUCACCCGCAAUUCCCAGAAUUCCGUGUGUGUCACCUGAAACUGUCAUGUUGGACCAGCACACACCUGUCCCUUUGCCAAAGGAGUAUGACGAGGACUCUCUAAUCCCCAGUAGUCCAGCCACAGAGACCUCAGACAACGUUAGCCCAGUGGCCAGCCCCAUCCACACUGGGUUUCUGGUUAGCUUCAUGGUGGAUGCGAGAGGCGGGUCCAUGCGUGGCAGCAGGCAUAACGGUCUGCGUGUGAUCAUCCCGCCGCGCACCUGUGCCGCCCCCACACGCAUCACCUGCCGUCUGGUCAAACCACAGAAACUCAGCACCCCACCUCCACUUGUGGAGGGAGAGGGACUCGCCUCUCGUAUUAUCUCUCUAGGGCCUUCCAGUAUGCAGUUUCUGGGGCCAGUCAUAGUGGAGAUCCCUCAUUUUGCAUCCUUGAGCCGAGGUGAUCGAGAACUAGUGGUUCUCCGAAGCGAGAAUGGCUCUGUAUGGAAAGAGCAUCGGAACCGCUAUGGCGAUGAUGUUCUUGAGACCAUCCUUAAUGGAAUGGAUGAAGAUCUGGAAAGUCAGGAGGAGCUGGAGAAGAAAAGAAUCCGCCGCAUCAUCUCCACAGACUUCCCUCUCUACUUCGCAGUGGUGUCACGUAUCCAGCAGGAGAGCGAUCUUAUAGGUCCAGAGGGAGGUCAGCUGACCAGUAAGCUGGUGCCCCAGGUUCAGGCCAUUUUCCCUGACACGGCGGUCACUAAGAGGGUCCGACUUGGCCUACAGGCCCAGCCAAUCCCUGAUGAGCUGCUGACUCGGCAAUUAGGAAACCAGGCCACAUUCAGUCCCGUUGUGACAGUGGAGCCUCGUCGACGCAAAUUCCACCGACCAAUUGGGCUGCGUAUCCCUUUGCCUCCAUCCUGGAGGGAGAGUCCACGUAAUGCUGGAGAAGGAGACACUAAUAGCCUCCGCCUCCUCUGCAGUGUUAUUGGUGGCACUGCUCCCGCUCAGUGGGAAGACAUCACUGGCACUACCAAACUCAUGUAUUCCCACAACUGUGCCAACUUCACCACCAAUGUGUCCGCAAGGUUCUGGCUGGCGGACUGUCCACGAACGGCGGAGGCCGUGACCUUCGCCAACCUGCUGUACCGUGAGCUGAUGUCAGUUCCGUACAUGGCCAAAUUUGUGGUAUUUGCUAAGAUGAACGAUGCCAGAGAGGGCCGUCUGCGCUGUUACUGCAUGACCGAUGACAAAAUAGACAAAACCCUUGAGCUGCAUGAGAACUUCUCCGAAGUGGCCCGCAGCAGAGACAUAGAGGUGAUGGAGGGGAUGCCGCUGCACUUAGAAUGUUCCGGAAACCUGGUGCCUGUGAGGAAAGCCACCCAGCAGCCACGUAGCUUCAGUUUCCAAGCCUUCAGAGACAACCGGCUACCUGUCUCUGUAAAGGUGAGAGACGCCAAUAAGGAAGCCACCGGGUUCCUGUCCUUCCUGCGCAAGUCUACUAAGUACGAGGACACGCAGCAUGUGCUGUGCAACCUCAACAUCACCAUGCCUCCCUGCACCAAGGUGGUGGGUAGCGAUGAGCGGCGGAGAACGUUGACCCCUCUUGCCCUGAGGGAGAGGUACAUCGCCCUGAACGAGUCUGGCCUGGCCACUGUGAAUGUCAUAGAGAGAACCGAGCUAAAGAUCACAGUAAUAGCAGAACAGCUGGGACUGAGCUGGACCGAGCUGGCGAGGGAGCUGCAGUUCAGUGUGGAUGACAUUAACCGGAUCAGAGUGGAGAAUCCCAACUCUCUCCUGGACCAGAGUUCAGCUCUGCUCAACCUGUGGGUCAGCCGUGAGGGCAAGAAGGCCAAGAUGGAGAACCUUUAUGGAGCUUUGAAGAACAUUGACCGGGCAGAUAUUGUGAAGUCUCUGGAGGCUCAGGCUCCGCAGGUGCUUCCAGAGGCGGUGGAGGAAGGAGCCCUGCAGACUCUGAUUGUGGACUCCACUCUGCUUUCCCCUAGUGUUAUCAACG